GCAGGCAACCACAUGAUGUUACGUGUGCUGCCAUCCGUCUACCCCAAACAGCCAGACACCAUCCACCAUCACCUGGGCAGCCUUACAGCAAUGAUGCCCCAGGUGGAGACACCCGAGCAGCGACACCUGAUCAGACUUAUUCAGAUGGUUGCAGAACAGCACCCACUUAUGCUGAGUACACAUGUGCCCAAACUGGUCAGUUACCUGAGUGAGCCCGCGCUGGCCGAGGCUGUGCUGGGUGCUCUUGUGGACGUUUCCCAGGCCAGCCCUUCAUCACUGGUCGGCUUUCUGCCAGCACUGAGGAUGGUGGGACAGCAGUCUACUGCUUUUCUUAGUCAAGUGGCCAAAAUCCAUGGUGCCGUUGGAAUCCUCAGUGAGACCCAUGCCCACAGCUCAUUGGUCUACCUGGUGUCCCUCCUGGGCAGUAUGGAGCACAGCUUUCACCACACCCUGCUGCAGGAGAUCAGAGCUCUGACUGACAGAUACCCGUCGUUAAUGGGAGGCUGUGGGAAAGACAUCUACAGGAUGAGCAACUCAUUCACUGCCAUAGCCGGAGUGCUGGAAAGACGACUGGAGGACAAAGCCUCCCUUUACUGCAGGGGAGAUGAGGUAUGUCCAUCUUCAUGUGGAUCACUUUUUGCUGGUAGAGGAGGAGGAGGGACGGCCGAGCAGCAGCGACUGCAGGUAAAAGUCCAGAGUUUUGAGGAGAAAACACGAGAUGUGGGAGCGGCGGAGGAGGGGGAGCAAGGGGAGGAGUCCCCUGCACCACAGCGACGCCACAGCCUGAGCCAAGGCAUCAGGGAGGAGAGACGGGAGAUGAGAUUUAACAGGUCAAAGAGCCUGGCCCUUCACAUCGUGCGUUCACGCUCCAUCAACUCAGAUGCAGGGGAGGAUAGUGAAGGGGUGGAGCCUAGCACAGACAUCUGCUUUUCCAAUAGUCUGUCUAAUCAGCACUCAGACUGCAAUGAAGUGUCCCUGGCAGAGAAGAAACUGACAGGUGACGACUCCCUGCCCGUCACAGGGGAGAAAAAGAAGUCAGAAAAGGUUGAGAGCAAAGAGGUAAACGGAGAAGAAACAGAACAGGAGGAAGCUGACGGGCUCUUCGUCCAUUUAAGAGACAAUAUGGAGAAGAUCAGAGAGUUCUGCAGGGACCUGGUGAAGCGGAUCCCAGUACCAGAGCAGUGUGUGAUUGAAGAUUCAAACCGAGGCUGCGUGGCCAAGCUUCUGUUCUCCUGCCCACUGAAGGGCUACUACUGCCUGUACGCCAAAUCCAGUUUCCAGCUGACGAGCCAACAGCCUCACCUUUGGAUUCACAUCAUGCUGCUGCAUCUCCAGACUAAGUCAACGCUCCCUCUGUGCAACAGAGAUAAAAGUGUCCAAAGAUUAGCUUCUCUUUGGGAGAAGACGCAGCUUAAAGGAUCCCACAGCUUUUCCAUGGCCAUGACACAACAAACCACCCCACAAAGAAAGGACCUGGACAACCUUCAUAUCCAGCUGGAGGAGGUGCGUUUCUUUGACCUGUUUGGGUACAGCGAGGAGAAGGGGAGCUGGCUUUGCUUCAUGUGUAACAACCCAGAGAAGGCCACAGUUGUGAACCAGGAGGGCCAGCCUCUGAUGGAAGGAAAGCUGAAGGAGAAGCAGGUCCGCUGGAAGUUUAUCAAGCGCUGGAAAACCCGCUACUUCACCUUGGCAGGCAACCAGCUCCUGUUCCACCGGGGCAAAUCUAAAGAUGAGCUGGAUGACAUCCCCAUUGAGCUGAGCAAGGUGCAGAGUGUCAAGGUGGUGGCUAAGAAGCGCAGGGAUCGGGGUCUGCCGAGGGCCUUCGAGAUCUUCACAGACAGCAAGACGUAUGUGCUGAAGGCUGAGGACGAGAAGCACGCCGAGGAGUGGCUGCAGUGCAUCAACGUGGCCGUGGCUCAGGCCAGAGAGAGGGAGAACAGAGAGGCGACCACCUACCUGUGAGAUCACAGAUACUGACUGUAACUGUGUUACAUUCGUUUCAGAUGGAGCACCUUCUCCUGCUUUUACUUUAUGCACAUCCAAAUGGGCAGAGGGGAAGGAGAAACAGCCACUACAGAUUAAGUUGGGCCCAAUAAAGACUACCGCAGGAGGUGGUCACAGAGCCGAGUUGGUGAGUAGGUGUGAAGUGGAUCGCCGACAAUGUUUCUGUCACUCGCUGGUUCUGCAAAGCCAACCUGGAUAUGAGGGCUCGGAGCGGGCUGAAAGACAGAGAGGCUCGUCUUUGCAGAUAUUGCAAAAUCAUUUUGGGCGAAGACCAUGUAUGUCACACGAGGACGUCACCGCUGCUGGUGAUGGAGCCUUGACUUCUUCGACCAAGAAAACUUGUUAUGCAGUAUUUUUAGUCUUAAAAUUAGAAACCAGCAAUAACUGAUUGUGUACCCUACUAACCUAAAGUAUUGAUCCAGUUUAAAUGUGUUGUACCUGCUGUUACCUGUGUGCAAGGCCUGCUUUUUAUUUUGUUACUCACGUUACUCGGUGGACCAUAAAUAAAAUACAAGAAUGUUUAAGUGUAUUCAAGUUGCCCAGUAAAAACAAUUAAUAUAGAAAUGUCAGAUUUGCUCAGAAGCAGCUGUUUCAGCAACUUACCAAGACUAACUUAAAUGAAAAUUUCAGAAAAAAUAGAUAAAGUUGACUGAGUCAGGGUCAUUUUGACUUGUAGCAAUAAUGAGACUGAACUGCUAGUGGCAGGAAAGAUGAAGAGUAGCUGACAGAAAAUUCAUAUAUACAGAUAUUUUUCACAGUUUUUAAGGGAAAUGGUGGGAAAAAUGCUUCAAACCUUGAUUAUUUUACAUUAUUUUAACACUUUUCAUGUUAACAUGUUAAACUUACAAAAACUAAACGGUACAAUCAGAGGAGAGUUAGCUAAAGAGCUGAUCAAGCCUUAGACUGUUUCUUUUUUUAAGACAUCAAAGUAUUUUGUGACCAAUGGUUAUUUUUUGUGUAACUUGUGUGUGUCCAGACUGCCUAAAUCAUCCUAUAUCCCAUAUUUUGUCUUUUUUUUUAUUAUCACCAACCUAUUUUCCAUUUAGGUGUUGUUGAAGUAUGGUGACAUGUAAAAGAAGAAGUUGGUAAAAUGAGUGGUACAAAUUUCUCCUCUUUUGCAAUCUCGGUGUGUUCUAUUUUUUGAUUUUCCCAAAGGAGAAAUGUUCUGCAGAAACUUACUCCAUAUUUUACAAAAAACAGUUUCACUUCAAAUGUUGCUCAAUCGGGGAGCCGAGACCGUAAAAACUUUAAGAAAACACUGAGCUUUUCCUGGUGAAUUCCCAGACUUUAGAGCUAUCUUUAUGUAAGACUUUUAGUGAUGCUGUGGUGCAUUUGGUAGAACUCUAGUUAAUGACAUUCUGAGCAGGAAACUUUUCAAGACGUCCGUCUAUGUUCUUUUCUUCAAGUGUGAAACGAUGGAACAUAAAACCUUUUGAGAGCUGAAUGUGAAAAGUGUCAAGAAUCACUUUUCAGCAAACAGAAACACUCAGUUAAGGUACUGUAUUCAACCUUAAGAAACAACCACG